CCUCGACAAGAGACCUUUUUUGUCAGGGCGCGCGCGCACGCCCGCGACUGGGACAGACACCGGAGCGCGCGGCGUGAGCCAGGAUGACUAGGUGCGCUUGCGCCUUUGCGCAGGCGCAGCUGCCCGCCCCGCCUCGCGCUGCCCGCCCUCUCCUGUGUGGUGUGUGUGCGCGAAGAGAGAAGAUGGCGGCGGCGGGGCCAGCAGCGUGAGGCGUUGAGGGAGACGCUGAGCUCGCUGCUGCCGCCGCCUCCCCCGCCGAGCGGGGACGGGGGCGCCAUGGCCGUCCACGGCGCGCAGUACAUCUUUGGGGAAUUCAGCCCCGAUGAAUUUAAUCAGUUCUUUGUGACUCCUCGUUGCUCUGUUGAGCUUCCACCCUACAAUGAAACCAUUUCAUGUGGCCUUAAGUCCACAGGAGAGCUCCAUGAUGGUAAGAAGCCAUUCCUUCUUCACAACUGUUUUCCCAAUCCUUUUGAAGUCCAAUGUGUUGCAGGGGAAGAGUAUCAGAGAAUUGAAUUUGGUGUUAAUGAGGUUAUUGAGGCAGAUUCAUCUGUGCUGAAUAACAAUGACUACAGUAUUUCAAGUACUCUGAAUCCUCAGGCACCGGAAUUCAUUCUUGGUUGUGCACCUUCCCAGAAGACGCCUAGUGAUAUACUCAACGAAGCCAACUAUAACUCCAUAGACUGCCAGUUCACUGAUUCUUCUCUCGCUUUGGAUAGCAGUUCUAAUGCUGAAAAUGAUAGUUUACCUGGGAGCCUUGGGCAAAGGGAACGCAAAAAGAAGAAGAAAAGACCCCCUGGAUAUUACAGUUACUUGGAAGAUGUUAGUGAUGGCAUUGUUCCUGCCGAGGCUUUGGUAAAUGGGCAUGCAAGUUCAUCAGGACUUAAUAGCAUAAGCACAGAGGAUGUACACCUUACAGGCGAUGCGCCAUCGGUCACUCCAAGGACUUGUAACAGCCCUGAAAAUUCUGUGGACUUCACUAGCGAAGCCGUGUCUGAUGAUUCGGUUUCUAGUGCUCUAGAUGCUACAAGGACUGCAGGGCAGCCUGAAGUAUGCAGUGUUACUAAUUUGGAACAGUCUUGUGUCCCCUCUGAAACUGGGAGGGACAGCCCAUUAAGGACAGCUGUUGUACAGCCAUAUGCUGGUACUGAUACUACUGAAAACCUUGGUGUUACAAAUGGACAAACACUUGAAUCCUCUAGUGAGGGCACAGCUGCCAAUGGGGUAGACUUGCAUCCUGUGGAAAGCACCGACUCAGACCAAACUAAGCCUGAGGAUGCUUUGCCUACUACUGAGGCAACCACCCCUGUUUCAGGAGCCGUUUCUGUUAAUCAGCCUGCAAAAUCAUGGGCAAGCCUCUUUCACAAUUCCAAACCUUCUGUUUCCAUGCCUAUGGCUUAUGUUGAGACUAAGUAUACCCCUCCUGCCACAUCUCCUGUGGUCCCUGAGAAACAGGUUGAAGUCAAAGAGGGGCCUGUUCCAGUUUCUGAGGAUCCUGUAGCCAUAAGGAUUGCAGAAUUACUGGAAAAUGUAAAACUAAUACAUAAACCAGUAUCUUUGCAACCACGAGGGCUGAUCAAUAAAGGAAACUGGUGUUAUAUCAACGCUACACUGCAAGCUUUGGUUGCUUGCCCUCCUAUGUAUCACCUAAUGAAGUCCAUUCCAAUGUAUUCGAAAUCACAACGGCCGUGUACUUCAACACCAAUGAUAGAUAGUUUUGUCCGCCUAAUGAAUGAGUUUACAAAUAUGCCAGUCCCGCCUAAGGCAAAACAAGCUUUAGGUGAUAAAAUUGCAAGAGACAUCAGGCCUGGAGCUGCCUUUGAACCUACAUACAUUUAUAGAUUGCUGACAGUUAUCAAGUCAAGUCUGUCGGAAAAGGGCAGACAAGAAGAUGCUGAAGAGUAUCUGGGAUUUAUUCUAAAUGGCCUACAUGAGGAAAUGCUGAUUCUGAAGAAGUUGCUAUCUCCUCACAGUGAAAAACUUGCCGUUUCCAAUGGUCCGGAGACCCAGCCUGUAAAUGAAGAGGAAGAACAGGAGGAGCAAGGCGAAGGAAGUGAGGAUGAAUGGGAGCAGGUUGGACCACGCAACAAAUCCUCUGUCACUCGGCAAGCAGAUUUUGUCCAGACACCAAUUACAGAUAUAUUUGGUGGUCACAUAAGAUCUGUGGUUUACCAACAAAGUUCGAAGGAGUCUGCCACUCUGCAGCCAUUUUUUACUCUGCAGUUGGAUAUCCAGUCUGAUAAGAUACGCACAGUUCAAGAUGCUCUGGAAAGCUUGGUGGCAAGAGAGUCUGUUCAGGGUUAUACCACAAAAACCAAGCAGGAGGUGGAGAUCAGUCGAAGAGUGACACUUGAAGAACUCCCACCAGUCCUUGUCCUACACCUCAAACGAUUUGUCUAUGAGAAAACUGGGGGGUGCCAGAAGCUCAUAAAAAAUAUUGAAUAUCCUGUUGACCUGGAAAUAAGUAAAGAGCUGCUGUCUCCGGGGGUCAAAAGUAAGAUAUUUAAAGGCCAAAGAACCUACCGGCUCUUUGCAGUUGUCUACCAUCACGGAAACAGUGCAACUGGUGGACAUUACACUACAGACGUCUUCCAGAUUGGUCUCAAUGGCUGGUUGCGCAUAGAUGACCAGGCUGUCAAAGUGAUUAAUCAGUACCAGGUGGUGAAGCCGUCUGCUGAGCGCACAGCCUACCUCCUGUACUACCGCCGAGUUGACCUGCUUUGAAAACUCCCCGUUUUUCUGCUGUGUUUGCCAGAUUACCUGCUUUCUAGAACGCCAACUCUCUCUAACCCUUAUUUCUCUUCCUCCCCUCAAUGAAUUCUUUUCCUUCUCUCUUCCUUCCCCUUGCAACUAUGGGAUAGAGUGAAAGAGAAGACUACCUUUUUGAGGUUUGUGAACAGCCUAGUUGGUGUUGGCUUAUUGACUUUGCUGAAUGAAGUCAUUAGGGUUUGAAAGACUCAGUCUCACGAAUCACACACAAAGUAUUUCUUCUUUUUUUGCGCUAAUGCUGAAUCCUAAGAGAUUAUUAAAACAGGGGAUUUGCAACUGAUUCCCACUUUCUAAUUGCAUAGUAGAAGCAGCCCUGCACCAGCAACAGAACUUGUAGAUUUCUGUGAAAAUGUUUUAUCUUUACUUAAAUAAAAAAACUUUAAAAAAAAUCCUCUCUAAUUCUCCCCCACUAGUUUUUUGAUAAAUGGUAAAAAUGAGCCAGUGUCUAUCAAGGAAAAAAUGGUCCUCCUUUAAAAGAAAAUACUCUACAAAAAAGUAUAAUAUACUGAGUUGCCGGUUCCUGAUAGGGAAAAAUACACAUUUUAAUAAUUGUGCGAUGAGAAACUGCUUAAGUACACAUUGCAGAUCAAAAUACUUUUGAGUUAAAAUGUUAGUCUAUAUAGAUGGGUGAUUGUAACUUUAUUGCUAUUAAGAGAUUUCAAAACUGCAUUUAUGCUUCUGUGUACAUGGGAUUUUAAAACAAAAAAUGGGCAAAAUAAUGAAAGUUGAUAUUUUUUUCAGUCUGCUUUGUUUAAUUUUGCUGUCCGCUCUCCUAUAAUGUUGAGUUCCUAAGUGUACACAGUCUAGUGAUAUCUAGGAGUAUAAAGUUGUCGCCCAUCAAUAAAAAAAAGUCACAAAGUUGA